AUGAGCAACCGACGUUUGGCCGUGGUUAAUCCCCUUUCGCAUCCGACUGUGCUCACUGAAAAAGACGAUUUGGAUAAACAGAUAGAAAAACCCAUCGGAUAUUCCACACCACCGACACACAGUUGUGCGAGUCCAAAUGUGACCAAAUCCAUCCCACUUCCACGUUCCCCAUUCACAUCAAACCACGAAGGCACGCAUGGAAUUAAUAGUGCAGACAUUCUGAAAUCUCCAACUGUGCAUGUGAAACGUGAAUUAAGAGCGGACGAGAAGGACGGUCCAUGUGAUCCUAUGCAAUCGCCUUGUGUGCGCGGGGAAACGGCAGUUAAAGGUGUGACCACUGCUCUGAAAAGUUCCAGCCGGCUUCGAUCUGCAGAACAUGUAAGUGUGGGCAUUUGUUCUGUCGGGACCCUGCAUCUUCACACCUGA